AUGACUUUGUUUUUUUUUCUUCUUCCAAAUUGGGGGGAUUCUUUGGGUUUUUAGACUUUUAGUUAUAAAGCUCUCAGCUUUGGGUUUUCAGUGUGAGACUCGCACAAGCUUUUUUGGUUUUCUUGGGAUUCGUGUGGGUGGUGAUUUGCUGUGUGAUCUUUCUCUGGGCUUUAACGCCCUGAGGGCCGUUGAAAUCCAUGAUCAUCAGCGUUCCAUGGACCCGUCUCCAGCGCCAACCACUCCUCCAGUUGAAGAAGAUGAGUGGGACACCGAUGGGUUUGUGAUCCCAAGCCUGGAAAUAGGGGACCCUGAUCAACAUAGGCAUGAUGUUUCAGAAGUAGAAGCCUCAAAACCUCCUUCUCCAAAGGCCAAAAAAGAAGAGAACAUCUACCUAGGGCCGCACGGGGCGCCCCCGUCACAGUCAAAGCAGCAGGAGCUGAAUUCUGCUGGUCGUAAGCAGAAGUUCAAACAGAAAUUGAAGGAAGCAGAUCGGAGGACCAGUGGGACAGGUCGGGAGAAUAAGUUAGAAAGUCUGCGAGAACUUGUGGGUGGUGGCAAAUCAACUGCCAACGUGAAGGGCUCUUCCAGGGAUUGGCUAGACCCACAUUGCCAUGAGUCUCAGUUUGAGAAGCGGAAUCCCCAGUGAGUGGACUAUCUGAUGGCUUCUCCAACUUGGCAGAAGGCUAUUUUGAGCUUCCUCUUUUCAGUCUCUGAAGACUAAACUUAUUAAUGUUAUGCAUUCUGACAAUAAAUUUUCAACUGGGCCUUUGAUUGCUCAGUUGCUACAGAUGAUUUUAGUUACAGUUGGUUGUUUGCCUCUGAUUUUGAACUUCACCUAGUUAUGUAUCAAUGCUGAAGAUUGCUUA